AUGACAUUAGGCCACAACAUAUAUAAUUGGAACUUUCCCAAUAGUACACUUGCAUGGAAUUACAUUUUCAAAUGUAUUAUUGAUGUUUUAUUCCAGACUCACACAGCUCUGGGUCGUGCAAUCGAGACGUGGGAGCUGACGUCGGGACAGCAGUACCCAAACAGAAAUAGCAUUAUUCACGGAUACCUACAUUUUGAAGCACUGACGGACCAUGACUACAAUUUUUCCUGUGUCCGCUGUGGACAUCACCCUCCUGUGGUGGUAAUGGAUCUGCACAAGAGCUGUGUCUUCAGCUUGGCGGUCAGUGAACUAGAGGAUCCACCAGAUGGCUUUGGAGGGGAGGUGGACAUAGAAGAGUUCUGGGACUCUCUAUGUGUAGAGAGGAUUGCACGUGGGUUUGUUCCAAGUGAUCGGCAAAAUCCCUUUGCUGUUAAACCUACGUACCACCAAUGGGCCCCGUGGAUUGGACCUCACACCCGCAAAUCCAGCAAGGUGCUCAAUACCGAGCAUGAAAAGGUCCACAACACCAGGCACCCAAACGAACAGACAGAGAUUGACAUUACAGAGGACAGGCUACUAGAUGAAAUAUCAAAUUUGAAGGUCCAUGCCAUCCGAAAGCUGUGCAGGGAGUGCAGAAUCGAUUCAAAAGGUUCCAAAAUGGAUUUGAUUCUAAGGCUUCGGGAAGAGAUGAAAACCCGAAGCAAAUAUGAUAAAAUAUUUCAAAAGGUUUGGGGAGCAUCUGGUGGCUGGGCUGUUGUUAUGUGUCCCUGUGGACAGGUAGUAUCUUUAAAGUGCAACAUUCGGGCAGAAAGUCCAAGAGAUUAUGCCGAUUUAUUGCUGUCAUGGAAGCACAUGCCAAAUGUUUCUAUAUAUGACUUCGCGAGAGGACUGGCAGUGCAUGCCAACCUCAGAGAACCUGAGAAGAUCCCUUUCAGCCCUCAUGAGGGUAGGCUAUUGGACCCCAGCCCUGGAAACAUACAGUGGGCAGCCAAUGGUGGGACGGUUCAUCUACCAUGGCUCAACACAAGGAAGACUGUACCGGACCUGGGUGGCCAUCCCCUGACUGGGUCAGCAGAGCACUAUUGUCUGUAUGACACUUUUCAUGAGGGGAACACCAAAGAUCCGAAGGAUGUUCUCCGGAGGAUCAAAAUGGUUCCUGAACUGGCAGGGAAGAUCAACAGCCAGGUUGCAGAGCAACUGUUUUCCACAAUGAAGAAAAGCAAUUAUUAUAUGAACAUGCUCUCACCAUCGGCUCAUGUCUUCCUGAUGCGCAAUGUAAUACACAAUUACAAUCAGCGCAAAACCCAAAAAAUCAUGUUGGAACUGAAGAAACUGGUAACUCCUGAAAUGCAGCUGUGUUUCAAUGUGCAUGGGCAGGCAGAAUUCUGUACCUCCCAGCCAACAGAGCUUAGCCCCGACUCAGUUGUUGCCUCCUCUAAGCGAGCAGAAAUGGAGUAUAGCUCGGACCCAGAUCUGUCACCACCCUCAAAACGCUCAAAGUUACAGUUGAUCUCCUCAGCUGUUGACCCCCGUACCAACUCCAACAUCACAGUGGCGGAUUGGAAGCAACUACCAAACGCAAGACUGAGUGAAUUACUGGACUAUGUAUUGGACGUUAAGGGUGACCCUAAGGAGGAAAUAAUCCAAACUCCCAACUGGAUAGUCAGAAGGUCUGACUUUUGGACUCUGGGUCUAGAACGAGACGUUGAAGCAACGAUUGCAAAUUGUUGUUUGAACAUUAUCGCCAAGACAGCAAAUGCAAAUGGCAUUGCAACCCUGGCUGUGGAUGCAUAUGUGGUGGUAACCUGGCUUCCUCCAUAUGAGGCUUCUCCCACGGCUGAAAUGAUUUGCGACUUUGCAUCCAAAGACGUGGUGCUUCUCCCUGCCUGGCAGCCAGGGCACUGGACAUUGUGUUACCCUGGCACAUGCUAUGUCCAAUGGACCAUGGAAGGGACAGUACUUGGCUGACGAGGACGCACCUCACCAGCACCAGAGCAACAGCUGUGGGGUGUUCAUGCUGAUGUACGCAAUGUAUUCUACCCUCCAAAAGAAAUAUGAUUUCAGUGAGGGGGACAUGCUCUCUAUCAGGAGGUGGUGGUGUGGACAGCUCUUGGAGACCUUUAUGCUUGAAAGGUUUAUAUACUGUGUCCAUGUUGCUAUUUACUUAUUUUUGGUGCUCAUGAAGAUCGUAGCCAAUACACUUGUCUCUCUGUCUCUAGCCCUGCAGAACUAGCUGUCUCGUUCUCAUCCUCUCCAUCUCCCCAUCUCAUUCACACCAUCCAAUCCCCAAGCAGUGAAAGCCCUGCAGGACUAGCUGGCUCACCCUCUCCAUCUCCCCAUCUCAGCCACACGCUCGGAUCUGGCACAACACAGGACAGGCCGUUCUUGCCACCCGAAGUCCUUCAGAAAAUUGUAAAAGAGACGCUGAGA